ACACAACAGGAAGUUCGUGUUCAGCAGUUGUUGACAGCUACGCAUUCAUGUAAAUACAGGCACACCAUUGAUAGACGUACUUGCUAUUUUACCUCAUAUAGGUUACGAUUUAUUCCUUACUUAUGUUUUUUGCUAUCUUCGGACUACUUUGUCUUCAACUGUAAGUUGGUAACUUUGCGACGUAUUUUGCUAAAGAGGCUAACUGGAGCAAAUUAGCUCAUGAGCCAGCCAUGGAGACUGCUUUAAAUCCUAGUUUAUAAAACAAACCCUUAAAUGCACCUGUUUGGAUAAGUUAAAAUAUUGCCACUGAAUUGAAGACAACACUUCGGGGAGAAAAACAAGAUGUCUGUUGAGCUGGAUGUGUUCGUGGGUAAUACUACCAUCAUGGAUGAGGAGGUGUACCAACUUUGGUUGGAUGGAUAUACAGUGAAUGAUGCGGUCAAGGUACGCAUGGAGGGAGGAGUGCUCAAUGAGUGUGAAGCAAAUGCAGAAGUAGUUUUGAGUGACACCAUGGACCAGUAUAGGACGUUCCAGAUGUGUGAGCGUCUGCUGCACACGCCAUCCAAACUAGCCAACCAGCUGCUCUUCCAGAUCACACCUCAUCGACAAGCUGUCCUCAUAGAGAGAUAUUAUGCUUUUGAUGAUGCGUUUGUGCGUGAGGUUUUGGGAAAGAAGCUUUCCAAAGGAACAAAGAAAGACUUGGACGACAUCAGCUCCAAAACAGGUGUCACGCUGAAAAGCUGCAGACGUCAGUUUGACAACUUCAAACGUGUUUUCAAAGUUGUGGAAGAGCUCAAGGGACCCCUUGUGGAGAACAUCCGUCAACAUUUUCUUCUCUCUGACAAGCUUGCAAGGGAUUACGCAGCCAUCGUUUUCUUUGCCAACAAUCGUUUUGAGACGGGGAAAAGAAAACUGCAGUAUCUGACUUUCCAGGACUUUGCUUUCUGUGCUGGGCAGCUUAUCAACAACUGGACUGUUGGCGCCGUCGAUAACAUGGUGGAGGACAUGGACGUCGAUCUUGAUAAAGAGUUUUUACAGGAUCUGAAAGAGCUAAAGAUUUUAAUUUCUGACAAAGAUCUGCUGGAUCAACACAAAAGUUUGGUUUGCACAGCUCUGAGAGGAAAGACCAAAGCUUUUAGUGAGAUGGAGGCUAAUUUCAAGAAUCUUUCCAGAGGCCUCGUCAACAUCGCUGCAAAGUUAACCAACACCAAAGACGUCAGAGAUUUCUUCAUCGACCUCGUUGAGAAGUUUAUUGAGCCGUGCCGUUCAGACCGAUGGACAGCUGCAGACAUGAAACUCUACCUCACUCAUUACACCAACUCGGCACACAUUCUCGACACAUUCAAGCAUCAGAUUGUGUGGGACAGAUACAUGGGUGUCAUCAAAAGCUGUAUCUUCAAAAUGUACCACGACUAAGGUGUUCCCCAGCCUAGCUGCCCAUCUCAGAGGCAGUUCUUCUCCCGCUUCACUCGUGUUUUAUCCGUUUUGUCAUCACUGAUUAUUUUGUAUGGAAGUUUGAUUGUUUCAGGUUUCUGGAAGGCCUGUGUACCAUCUAAGAUUUUGUUUUUUAAAUAAAAUUCCUGUGUGAUUA